AUGGUCGACGCAUAUCCAAACCCAAACUACGUUCCACCUCAGAAUUACGAACAACCGCCUCCACCAAUGUACCAAGACCAACAAAAUUAUCAACAGCAAGUCCCUAUGUAUCCACAACAACCAAUGCAACAAAUGCCAAUGAACCCUCAAUAUCCAACACCAAUUGUAGAUGUUAAUGGAGAAAAUAAAACCGAUGAAAUUUCGUCGGAAGUGAGAGACAAAGAAGCGAGUUUAAUGAACACAACAACAAUUAUGAUGAUUGUUGGGAUGUUCGUUCCGUUGGUUAUGUGUAUUGGAUGUUGCAUGAUUAAAAACCCACAAACUCGACCUCUCAUUAUGAGAAAAACGCAGAUGACUGUUAUGUCGAUUAUGCUUGGAUUUGUAAGAGGUUUCUUUUUGGUGUGGGUUCUAAUUGUCGUUAUCGUAGUGUCUGUCAAUGUCACAAGAGAUCCCUUCCCAGAGACACCGUAUUAA